UAGUUAGUCGAUCGCGGCAGUCGGCUGCAAAAAGUCAAGACGCUCCAAUGACUCUGGUGCGGUGGCGAACCCUUUUCCUCCCGGCGCUCCUCGUGGUUGGAGCUCUGGGCCAGAGCUACCACCCCAACUCGUUAAUGGAUGUCCUGGACUUCCUGCAGCGCGGUCAGCACCAAGCCGACCUGGAGAGACUCGAUGACUUGGUGGAGCUGCGCUCGAAGUACGACUUCAUUGUGGUGGGGGCUGGCACGGCGGGAUGCGCUAUGGCGGCGAGGCUCUCCGAGAAUCCCAAGUGGAGCGUGCUGCUCCUGGAGGCCGGCGGCCCUGAGAACUACGUCAUGGACAUCCCGCUCGCCGCCCACCUGCUCCAGCUGGGCGAGAUGAACUGGAAGUACCGGACGGAGCCCUCGGACAGCUACUGCCUGGCGAUGAACGACAGACGCUGCAACUGGCCGCGGGGCAAGGUGAUCGGCGGCAGCUCCGUCCUCAACUACAUGAUGUACACGCGGGGCAACCGCCGGGACUACGACCGGUGGGCCGCCCUGGGAAAUCCCGGCUGGAGCUACCAGGAACUGCUGCCCUACUUCCGGAAGUACGAGGGCAGCACCAUCCCCAAUGCCGACGAGGGGCUGGUGGGCCGCCAGGGGCCUGUGAAGGUAUCCUACCCGGACACCCGCACCAAAAUAGCCGACGCCUUCGUGGAGGCCUCCCGGGAGGGGGGUCUUCCCGGGGGCGACUACAACGGCGCGUCCCAGAUCAGGGUCUCCUACCUCCAGGCCAACAUCUACAACGAGACCCGCUGGAGCUCCAACCGCGCCUACCUCUAUCCUUUGAAGGGAAAGCGCCGCAACCUCCACGUGAGGAAGAACACUCUGGUCACCAAGAUUCUGAUAGAUCCGCAGACCAAGAAAGCCUACGGAGUCAUGGCGACUGUGGGCAACAGGUCCCAGAAGAUCCUGGCCAAGAGGGAGGUCAUUGUCUCGGCCGGAGCCAUCAACACCCCCCAGCUGCUGAUGCUGUCAGGCGUGGGCCCGGCCAAGCACCUCCGGGAAAUAGGCAUCAAGCCCCUGGCCGACCUGGCCGUGGGCUACAACCUGCAGGACCACAUAGCCCCGGCCAUCAACGUCCUGUGCAACGCGAGCUCCCUGCAGCCCAGCCAGUUUUUCAGCAUCGAUUCGCUGGGCAAGUUUCUGGCAGGUCACGGUGUUCUCAAGAUACCUGGCGGCGUGGAGGCCAUUUCCUUCUAUGCCCUGGACGACGACCAGAACCCAGAUGGCUGGGCGGAUAUGGAACUCUUCCUGGCCGGCGGGGGACUCCAGACCAACGGGGCCUUGCGGAUCGCCUUGGGCAUCACCGAGGACAUCUACGAGAACAUGUUCGGCGACCUGGAGCGCAGCAGUGCCAACGGCUUCAUGAUCUUUCCCAUGAUCCUGCGCGCCAAGAGCCGCGGCAGGAUCAAGCUGAGGAGCCGGAGUCCCACCGACCACCCCAGGAUCUACGCCAACUACUUUUCUCAUCCCUACGACCUGAACAUCACGGUGCGGGGCAUCGAGAAGGCCGUCAGCUUGCUGGACCAGCCGGCCUUCAGGGACAUCGGGGCGAGGCUCCUGGACAGGACACUGCCGGGCUGCCAGCAGUACCAGUACCGGAGCAGUGCCUACUGGGCGUGCUAUGCCCGGCACUUCACGUACACCAUCUACCACUACUCGGGAACCGCCAAGAUGGGUCCUCGCUCGGACCCGGCGGCGGUGGUGGACGCCCGCCUGAGAGUCCACGGCAUCGGGAACCUCCGCGUGGUGGACACCAGUAUUAUGCCCUACUUGGUGUCCGGUCAUCCCAACGGACCGGUCUACCUGAUAGCCGAGAAGGCGGCGGACUUGGUCAAGGAAGAUCAUCAGUUUAGGUGAAAGGCUUUGUGAUAAAAAGUUGAGCUUUAUGGUAUUUCUUGUUGGUAUUUGUAUUUAUCGAUAAUUAUCGAUUAAAUU